AUGAUAUCACUACGCUGUACGGAGAGCGCCUCUGCCGCGCGGUCCUUUGUCCAGCUUGCCAGACGACGGUAUUCAGUGGCUACCGCACAUGUACAACAAACGCCUCUAGAGUUUCUCAUACCGCGCGGAGCCUCUCACUCUUCACGACUACGGACGAUCAGGAUAUCUCCUCAAUUUGGAAAUGGCAUAUCGAUCUCUCCAGUUACCAGAACAUCCGUUCUUUCAAUAAGUCGACAGCCCACCAGCCGGUCAUUCACAGCAUCCGCCAGCCGACUGGCCACAAUAUGCGUACAAAAUCCCGUAAAGGGCGAAGAUGGCAAUGAGAUGAAGUUGGAAAUCACUUCAAGAGCAGCUCAGCGACUCUCUGAGAUCAUGGCCAAGGACAAGAACCCGAACCUAGCCCUGCGCAUUCGAGUUGAGAGCGGAGGUUGCCACGGCUUUCAGUACCUCAUGAGCCUCAUUACGAUGCCCACAGGAGAAGCGCGCGAAGCUUCUACGAUUAUCUCCGAGGAGGACAGCAUCUUCCAAUACGUUCCGGACGAAGCCAACUCUGCUACUCCGCCCGCCGAUAGCCCGAAAAUCGUACUAGACGAGCCUUCCCUGGAGCUUCUGACGGGCAGCAAGGUGGACUUUACACAAGAGUUGAUUGGAUCGCAGUUCAAGAUUGUUGACAACCCAUAUGCAACAAGCAGCUGUGGGUGUGGGACAAGCUUUGAUAUCAAGGCGUAG